GAGGAUACAACCAUUCCGAUUAGGGCAGCCGUUGCCAACGAUGCAAUACCUCGUUUUACGGAUGAACCGUGGGCAUAGGCACCUUCUGAGUGCCGCGGUCAUCUCGAAGAGGCUGUAUCACCCUCGUUCUCUCAUAUAUAAUUUGCGAUAGGCCCCUGUAAACAGCGCCCAAACGCCCCAAGCUACCCGGCGAAUACUGGAAUCUGGGCUUUAUGUUUACCGAAGAGAAGCUGGAGAGGAAGCUGGAGCCAUGGGUUUUUCAUUCAGCCUUCGGUGAACUAAAGUAAGCUGGACCCACACAACUCAGCCAACCCGCUGCUGCCUACAGCAGGGGCUUCCCUCUCCCCUUCACCCUCUCCAGCUAUGGCAGGCUUCAAGCGAGGCUAUGAUGGCAAGAUCGCUGGCUUGUAUGACUUGGACAAGACGCUGGGCCGUGGCCACUUUGCCGUGGUCAAGUUGGCACGCCAUGUCUUCACUGGCGAGAAGGUGGCGGUAAAAGUCAUCGACAAGACUAAGCUGGACACUGUGGCGACAGGCCACCUUUUCCAGGAAGUCCGAUGCAUGAAGCUGGUACAGCACCCCAAUAUUGUGCGCCUGUAUGAAGUGAUAGACACUCAGACGAAGCUUUACCUCAUCUUGGAGCUAGGUGAUGGAGGGGAUAUGUUUGACUACAUCAUGAAACAUGAGGAGGGUUUGAAUGAAGAACUGGCAAAGAAAUAUUUUGCCCAAAUUGUCCAUGCUAUAUCCUACUGCCAUCGGCUACAUGUGGUGCACAGGGACCUCAAGCCUGAGAAUGUGGUGUUCUUCGAAAAACAAGGACUAGUCAAGCUCACUGAUUUUGGAUUCAGUAACAAGUUUCAGCCGGGGAAAAAGCUGACCACAAGUUGCGGAUCUCUGGCGUAUUCUGCACCGGAAAUACUGCUGGGUGAUGAGUAUGAUGCUCCAGCCGUAGAUAUCUGGAGUCUUGGUGUGAUCCUGUUCAUGUUGGUAUGCGGCCAACCACCUUUCCAGGAAGCUAAUGACAGUGAGACCCUCACUAUGAUCAUGGACUGUAAAUACACUGUACCGGCACACGUCUCCAGCGCCUGCAAAGAUCUGAUAGACCGGAUGCUUCAGAGAGACCCUAAGCGGCGGGCCUCCCUGGAGGAGAUUGAGAGCCACGCCUGGCUGCAGGGGGUCGACCCGUCCCCAGCCACCAAGUACAACACUCCCCUCGUCUCCCACAAGAACCUGUCCGAGGAGGAGCACAACAGCAUCAUCCAGCGCAUGGUGCUGGGAGACAUUGCAGACCGAGAGGCCAUAGUCGAAGCCCUGGAAACCAACAAAUACAACCACAUCACAGCCACAUACUACCUGCUAGCAGAGAGGAUCUUGAGGGAGAAGCAGGAGAAGGAGGUCCAGACCCGAUCCUCCAGCCCCAGCAACAUCAAGGCACACUUCAGGCAGUCUUGGCCCACCAGAAUGGACAUGCACCAGGACAUCGAGGACAGUUUGGCAGCUUCGUCCAUCUCCCACGCAGGAGGCCCUCAGUCGCCCGCUCGCAGCGCAGAAAACCUGCUCAACGGACAUCGCUCCAAAGGCAUGAUGGAGCUGGGCCGACGGGAAGAAACCACUGUGACCGACUGUCCAGGACCAACAGCACAGGGAGCCUGUGCUGCCGCCUCGGGUCCUGCUCCUGGCUCUGGUUCUGGGACCAUCAGGGCCGCCACCCCUUCCACCUCAGCAGCAGCCAAGCAGCGAACCUGCCUAUUCAGGGUGGAGGAGGAUGAAGAGGAGGAGGAAGAGCAGGACCCGUCUCCUCUCCCGACCCAAGUGAUCCUGCGGCGCAAACCCCCCUCCAUCACCAACCGCCUCACCUCCAGGAAGAGCGCCCCGGUUCUCAACCAGAUCUUUGAAGAGGAGGGGGAGUCGGACGACGAUUUCGACAUGGACGAGGGCCUGCCGCCAAAACUCAGCCGCCUCAAGAUGAACAUGGCUGGAAACGCAGGCAACCUGAGCGCCGGGGCCGGAUCCUCGUCGUCUCCGGGCUCCACGCAGAAGCGCUACCACCGACGCAAGAGCCAGGGGAGGGGGUCGUCGUGUUCCAGCUCUGAGACCAGCGACGACGACUCGGAGAGCCACCGGAGGCGUCUGGAUAAAGACUCGGGCUUCAGCUACGGCUGGAACAGGAGGGACAGCAGCGAGGGGCCGCCAGGCAGCGAGGGGGGAAACGGGGGAGGCAGCAGCUCAGGGCAGGGUAAACCCCCCGCAGAGGGAGGAGGCUCCUCUGGUCCAGACAGAGGGAGUCCUCCUGGAGCAGGAGGUAACGGAGGAGGAGAGGGUGGCGGCGGCGGAGGGGGGAGUGGGGGUGGAGGAGGGGGUAACAAAGGACAAGACAGCCCCUCCAGUUGUUGUAACAACAGUAGCACUACUAACCUGUCCCUCAGCUCUCUGUCCCGGUCCUCCCGCACAGCCAGCCGCAGCACGGAGCUGGUGGAAAGUCUGAAGCUGAUGAGUUUGUGUCUGAGCUCCCAGCUGCAGCAGCACCGCGGUGGGCGGGGCAGUCGGGGCGGGGCAGGAGGGGGAGGGGGGAAGUUCAUCAUAGACCCUGGCAGCCUCUCAGGAGGGAGCGUGAAAAUCCAGGAGAAAUCAGCCUGGAGGAUGUGCAUCGGCUCCACGGGGAGCCUGGACACCAUCACCCUCCCCACCACCACCACCACCACCACCACCACCGGCAGCCUGACCCACAGCCACUCUGGGCAGCACCACCACCGUAAGACUGCACCGCACGGGGCCCCCGGCCUGCACAGGCCGGGCGGCAGGGACGCUCACAGCAACCUGAGCGCACUGAAAAACGGCGUGCUCCAACUACCUCUCUGUGAGAAGACCAUCUCCGUCAACAUCCAGCGGGGCGGGGGCUCUAGGGAUGGCCUGCUCUGUACCUCAGCUCCAGCCAGCUGCUGCCAGGUCAUCUGAAGCUCUCUAAGCCCUCGUGGACCUUCACCCACCUGGACCACCUCCACACAGCUCUCACACUUCUCCAUCUUGUCUCUCAGUCUUGUGUAUGAUCUCUGCUCCUCCAGCAUCCUGUUUUUUUGAACCUUCUUGUCUUGUGUUUGUGGUGGCAGGUAGCUGAGCCUCCAUUCACUGUGUUCACUCUGUCCUCUGCUACCUGGAUGUGUUUCUGCUGCCUGUUGCUGGUUGUUUUUAACAUCUGUUAGUGUUUUCACGUCAUCAUUUUAUCUUGGUUUUAUGUUUCCCAACUGCAUUUUUACAUUCUUAAUUAGAAUCUGCUGGUUUUAAAGCAUAUUCAAACAAGGAAGGUUUGAAUUAAAGGCAAGCAGAGUCCAGACAGACAGUGUUAGGACCUCCGUAUGAAGCAUUCUGAGAAACACGUUAUAAUGUCAUUGUAGGAUGAAGUCAUGUUUUCAAAAUGAAGUCAUAUUUUGGAAAAAGCUGACAAAGUGGAAAUUUAUUGAUAAAUAUAUUAUGAUGAUAUUCUCAAACAAGUUCUGCAGGGUUCUCCAAGAUAUACACCACAGUGUAAUGCCUGGUUUACAGUCACCGUAUAGAGGAUAUGGCCUAGCACUAUUCACCAAGCAACUUUUAAAUAUUUAUAUGGCAUCUUUGUUGUUUAUUCCCAGCUGCACAGAACAAUCAUCCACAACAAUGUAAUUAAAUAGUCACCAAACACAGCCAGGAGCUGGUGAAGCAGCAGUGGAAGGAUUAACCAGUUUAUGGUCUACAUAUCUGCAGGUCUGGACUUGACUUUAAUACACAGUAUUCAGUCCCUUUAGAGGGUCAUAAAAAAUCUUGCAUUUCAAUCCCAAAGGACUUAAAUCUUGCCUGAGUUAGGCAGUAGAAAAAUGAUACAUUACUUGGUGCGUGAUUGCAGCCGUCACGACACGUUCUCCAUCUCUGAACUAAAAGCAGGACUGUUGAGAUGCUGUUCACACCUUUUAAUGUCGCAUCAUUCCAGCUGCUACAGCAUCUGGAAAAUCAUCAACUCAGAAAUUAAAUGAAUGUACACUACCCUUCAAAAAUCUGGGGUCACCCAGACAAUUUCAUGUUUUCCAUGAAAACUCACACUUUUAUCCAUGUGCUAACAUAACUUCACAAGGGUUUUCUAAUCAUCAAUGAGUCUUUCAGCACCAUUAGCUAACACAAUGUAGCAUUAGAACACAGGAGUGAUGGUUGCUGGAAAUGUUCCUCUGUACCCCUAUGGAGAUAUUCCAUUAAAAAUCAGCUGUUUCCAGCUAGAAUAGUCAUUUACCACAUUAACAAUGUCUACACUGGAUUUAUCAUUCAUUUAAUGUUAUCUUCACUGAAAAAAAAUGCUUUUUUUUUUACCAAUAAGGACAUUUCUAGGUGACUCCAAACUUUUGAACAGUGGUGUAUGUGUCCAGAUCAUGUAACUUGGAAUUAUUAAGCUGACAAUAAUGUCACAGAAAUGUCAAUAAUUUCCUGCACUUCAUAUAUAAUUUGAGCCUUCUUGUCCUGCUGAUUUAACCCUCAAACACAUUAAAUGAUGUUAUAUGAGGCAGAUUUAGUGAACACUGCAGAAGUGUACUAAAGAUUUCAGUUUUUUAGCUAAAGUCAUGUGCAGACUGUUAGAAGUACCUUUACUGAUUAAUGCAGAGCCGCUGUCAAUAAAGUUAUAGACUUUGACCAGCUGGUUUCAGUCCUGCAGAUGCCCUGCUGAAAUAUUCUAUUUAUAAAACUACAGCUUGUACUACAAUUUCUUCUGACAUUCUGAAUGAAGUACAACUUCUUUUUUACAGAAUGAAAGCUCAGUUUUAUAAUCACCUCUUCUAAGGGUCUCAUUUAUUUCUUUAAUUACGACCUUUUAACUUGUAGAGAGUUUACUCUUGACAUUAAAGGGUUUUUGUGAUAACUUUUUUUAAGCUUUAUUUAUAUAUGUUUUCCUGAUAAUUCAAUCUAAUCUUGAAAUUUUAGCCUUUUUCCUUGUAAAAAUGAAAAACGUAUUCUUAUGUUGUUGACUUGUUCUCAAAAUGACGACUUCAUUGUGAUCACUUGACAACUGAUGUCUCCAGAGGUGAGCGUCUGAACACUCCAGGUGCUUGACAGGCUCAGAGAGAAGUAUUAGGCAGAGCUGAUAGUGAUGGAGAACGAGUGCAUCUCCUCAUUAAUACCAAGCAACACUCCUGAAAACGACAGCCCUCCCUCACCUCUACCCGGUGGUCAUCUCUGAAUGUUAGCCAGCAGAGAGAUCAGCUGGACUCCCUGAGUAUGAAUCCAUCCAGUGGAUCUUGUCGGGGACGAAACUAUUUGGACUCCAUGUUGCACUCAGACAAUCUGUUUUCUGUUGUUUUUGAGAAUAAUUUCUGGGUGAAUUGAGCUUGGUGCAAACUGCUGGUCACAACCCUUUAAAUCUCAUUGGAGAGGCAGCACUCUGUUAGAUUUUGAACAAGGAAGAGGAAACCUGGCCGUUUCUCAAAGAGCAUGUUGAGUGCAGCGCUGUAUUGAUUCUGUAGCAACACGGUGCUCACCAUGUUUGGAAAAGUUACUGCUGACCACAUAUUUACAAAUGAGGUGUUAUUUUUUUAUCCACAUGACGUUGUGUUUGCUGAUAGAGAACAUGUUGUUUCCAGCUACCGAUAUCCGGGGUUCCCCAAAGCUUACUGUACAUGAGGGUGCAGCGUUAGUAGAGUAUGUACAUACAGUGUGAUGAAAAGUCAAAGUUUAUUUUUUAAAACUUGUACAUUAUUUUGAGCGAUCUGCUGUUUGAAAAUGUUCUUUUGUUUCGUUUUUUUUUUUACUGAGGGGUCUGCAUGAAGUGUCAUUUGGUGAGGAAUGUGCUCCAGUAGGAACUCUUUCACACAGUGAGAAAUGUUUCUGACUUCCAGCUUUAACAUGAGCUGGAAAAGAGAUGAACAAUUGAGAGAGAGGAAGAGGGGGAAUGGGGAAAUUCUUUAAGGGCAUUGGCAAUAAGCUAUACCGUGUGUUGCAGCUAUCUGUACAGAAACACUUUUCAUUAGUUUCAUUUUUAAAUUCCAGACUUGUGCAGCCUCACAGCAGCUGCUUUAGAUUCAAAAGGAAAAAAGGAACCUUUUAAAUAUUUUUUUUCUCUUUAGUUGUUGUCUGAGAUUUUUUUUUUUUAAAAAAACCAAAUGUAAAUAGAUUUGUAAAUAUGGUGCUCUUUCUCUCCAUCUAGAACAGCAGAGUGAACCUUUUGGUGCAUAGCUGUACAAUAAUCUAGCCUUAUGAUAAUUACUGUAGUAAUACUGUAUGGGUGUCUCAGCUAAAAUAAAGCUGUGUGAGAAAAAAAACACGAUUCUAUUCAUACUGUCAGGUCUCUUUGACUGUUGUCUUACUCAGCUGUAUCCAGGUGAAUGACGUGCAUGUGUUUAAUGUUUGACAUUCAAAGACACCGAGCGAAGAGAGAAUCAGGAGCAGGAAAGUUACUGGACCAAAAAGCAACAGAAGAAGAAGGAGGAGGGAAUAAAGAUGGGCUGGAACUGACAGAAAUAUUCAGUGUAUUAUUCUGUAGUUGAUACCUGUUGUCAGACGUUACAUAUAGCUAUGGUAAUAUCCAAAAAAAAUAAAACGUGGAAUACUGUCUCAUA